AUGCUAGAUUGCAAACUGAAUUACGGAGAGCAUAUAAUAAGGGCGGCUGACAAAGCUGCAAAAGUUGUAACCACGAUGGGCACAUUUAUGGCCAUUGUCAACGGCCCCCGGCCGUGCAUUAGGCGAAUACUAAUGUGUGCCUUCGAAGCAGUGAUACUGUACGGCGCAGGAGUAUGUGCGGAGGCGUUGCGAAAAGAGAAUUAUAGCAAGCGCAUAGCCGCGGUACAGAGGAGGGGCUCUCUCCGAAUCGCUUGCUUCUACCGCACGGUCACAAAGCCCGCGGUGCUAGUGGUCGCGGGAAUAAUCCCGAUCGAUAUACUAGCCCAGGAGAGACAAUUCGUCCACCAGCAAAGGUACGCUUUUGGUAAGGAGGAGAUAUCAUGGCUCGCCAGGUCUACCAGCAUCGAGACCUGGCAGAGCAGAUGUGACCGGGAGCCUAGGGACAGAUGGACGGCCCGACUCGUCAAUCGGCUGGACACCUGGCUAAACAAGGAGGCGGGGGUGGUCGACUUCUUCCUCACCCAAUUUCUGACAGGGCAUGGUCUGUUCUACUCCUACCUCGCAAAAAUGAGGAAGGUUGCAGACAGAAAAUGUCCCAAUAGCGACUCAAUCGUCGACGACGCCCAUCGCACGUUUUCAUAUGUGCACGGUGGAGCACCGAACGAUUUGCCUUGGAGCAGGAGCUCGGAGUCAUCUCGCCGGAAAACAUUGUCGAGAAAGUGCUGCGAGGGCAGAACUAGUGGAACAGGGAUGACUGCUACGUGA